UGAUUGGCUUCAUUGCCAACACCUGCGCAUGUUGAUCAGCAACAGCACGUGUGUGGUCCUGUUCACGUCGAGCUCUCAGAGGAGAGUCUCUCUAAGUAUUUGUUGAUUAUAAUGGAAAAACAAAUGCUGAUAUCAGCUGUCCUUCGUUAUUUUUGCAUGGUUUUCUUAAUGCUGCUGGUCACUUGCAGCUACCCGCUGGUCAGAUCUUCCCUGGCUUCCUCCAAUGCGAUGCACAAACUGGGUGACUUCACCUACCCUUACGGCAGCAUAUUCUCCCCGCUGCUCAAAGCCCUAUCAGAGCACGGAGGGUCGAGGUGGAACCCAGAACUGAAGAAAAAGAUGAAGCCCGAGCACAGGUACAUGAAAUAUCUGACGGAGGUUUACAAGAAGUCCUCCAGAUUGCAUCGGAGUUUGGAAGGAAAUAACAUCUACAACACAGUCCGAAUGAUCAAGCCACAAGAUGAAUAUCUUGCACAAAGCAAUAAAGAGAGUUGUAUGCAGGAUCUUUCCUUCAGCCUUGAUCAAGUAAGAAGAAAAGAACAGCUUCUGAAGUCUGCCCUGCUGUACAAUUUUGAUCAUGACCUUGCAGCACCUGUCAACUCUGUAUGCUACUUGAGUCUCGAGAAACGGGAGCACUCAAACCGUUGUCCCAGGGUCCACCACGCUGGGAACUUCACAGUCAGCACACUUGGGGGGAGCAGGAGGAACUGGGUGGAGGUUGAUGUCACCUCGUUUCUCCGGCCUCUCUUAAAGUUUCACAAGAAGAACAUACACCUGCUCAUCAAUGUCACCUGCCCAGAGGAACAAAGAGCCAGUGGUGAUGGGCGCAAAGGCCCGCUGAAGUUCACCCUGAGGUCCCCUCUUCUGCUUCUUUAUCUCAAUGACACCAGCAAAAUCGCCCACCAGAGGUUUCUGGUAAAUGCCAAAGCAGGUCAAUGGCCAGCCACUGCGGCAAACACAUUUCACAAGCAGAUGGCUUUCAAACCAGAGCAGAGGAUUGGGCGAAAGAGGAGAUGGAAGAGGGAAUCUCCGAAGAGCAAACGAGGCCAUAAAAGUCUGGAUAUCCAACUGCCUGAGCUUCUUCCAAGCUCUGAAUACCAGACAAGCGACUGUUCCUUGUAUGAUUUCAGUGUGCAAUUCAGCCAGCUCAAACUGGAUCACUGGAUUGUUUUUCCACCAAAGUACAACCCGAGGUACUGCAGAGGCAUCUGCCCAAGGAUCAUGGGCUCCCUUUAUGGCUCGCCUGUCCACACCAUGGUGCAAAACAUCAUCUAUGAGAAGCUUGACCCCUCUGUGCCCCGGCCCUCGUGCAUUCCCUCCCAAUACAGCCCUCUGAGUGUCAUGAUCUUCGAAGAAGAUGGCUCCUAUGUCUACAAGGAGUUUGAAGACAUGGUUGCCACCAGGUGCACAUGUCGCUAAGCUAGCUACCAACUUGUCUGUUCUUUUCUUUUUCUUUUUUUCUUUUUUU